AUGACAGAAUUACACACAAAUGACAUCCACCUAAACGUUCUUUCGCAGCGACGCACCACAUCGACAGACACAGACACCGUUUCUACCAUAGAAGAAGAAAACUAUCCCGAUGGUGGCUGGAAAGCUUAUCUGGUAUUGUGUGGAUCGUUUCUCGGACUUGUUGUAAACAUGGGACUUAUAAACUCCAUAGGAGCAAUUCAAGCCUAUGUUUCCACCCAUCAGUUGGCAGGCGUGGCGGCGUCCAGUGUGGCGUGGAUUUUCUCCAUUUACUUGGCUCUAGCCUAUGCAAUUGGCAUUUUUAUCGGACCCAUUUUUGACCGCCAUGGAGCUCUUGAACUCUUGGUAAUUGCCACGAUUUUGCUCUUUGCUGGACUCAUGGGCACAGCCAGCAGCACCAAAAUAUCCCACUUUAUCCUCUCGUUUAUCUGUAUCGGGAUCGGAAACGGCGUUGGACUCACUCCGUUGGUCGCAGUCAUCAACCACUGGUUCUUCAAACGCCGAGGAAAUUCCACCGGAAUAGCUACCAGUGGCGGCUCGGUAGGCGGCUUGGUGUUUCCGCUUAUGCUUCGGCACAUGUACCUGACAUCUGGAUUCGUUUGGGCCAUUCGAACCUUGGCUUUUGUGUGUCUAGGAUGCAUGGUGAGUGCGGUUAUUCUUGCACGAGAACGCUUGACUCGUGAACCCGAUCCCCCAGCCGACUCCGAGUCCAAGUGGAAGACCUUUUCCAACAAAAUCGGGCUUUUUUCGCUCUCGAAACUCAAAAACCGCACCUAUGCCUUGAUGAUAACUGGAGUGUUUUGCACCGAACUUUCGCUUGUCCUCAUUCUAACCUAUUUUGCUACCUAUGCCAUGGCCCAGGGCGUGUCGGAGUCCACCUCAUACUUGCUACUUACCGUGUGGAACGCUACGGGUAUUCUUGGUCGAUGGAUUCCGGCCCUCGCAUCGGACUACUAUGGCAAAUUCAACGUCAACAUUGUCAUGAUUUUCGGGCUUGAUCUCUGUGUUUUUAUGCUCUGGUUACCUUUUGGCUCCAGUCUCAAAGUCCUCUAUGCCUUUGCAGCGGUGGGAGGCUAUUUUUCCGGUCUGAUCUUGACCAUGGUACCUUCCUGUCUUGCCCAAAUUAGUCCGGUUUCCGAGUUUGGAGAAAGAUACGGAAUCUUAAAUGCGGUCCUCAGUCUUGGAAACUUGGUGGGUUUGCCCAUUGGCGCCGCCAUCAUUGGCAACGGGUCCGUGCACAACUAUACUGUGUUUGUGGGGGUAGUUGGUGUCUUGCUCGUCACCGGAACAUUUUUCUGGAUUCUCAGUCGUGCUUCAAUUGUGGGUGCCCGUUUGAAUGUCAAGGUGUAA